CAUCUAAUCCAAAAAUCAAAAUCAUCAAAACUGAAAACUGUUCUUCUCCCAGUCACUCCCUCUGUACACAAUGGAAGGUACCCUGUUCCCAAAUAGGCCUGCCUUCCCCAGCCCUACGAAUCGAGCAGGAAAAACAGCUCCCAAUAUGAAAUUCAAUUCAACAACUCUUCCUCUCCCACCUAAAUCACCCACGCCUCCCUCCUCCUUCCCUCUUGACUCUCUCCUUCAACAACUCCUCACUCUCUCUUCACCUCCAACCGCCUCCUCAAAUCUCAAAACUCUCAACCCUCCGCAGAACACCACCACCAAAUUCCCUUCUUUACACCUAUCGUCUGAUUCCAAACAACAGCAGCCACCGACCCAUCUCAAGAAACCCACUUCAGUUUCAGUCCUUCAGUCUGAUAACAAAGAAGCCACAACGGGUCGUGCAUCUGAUACAGUGCUUGAAUUCCUCUCUGUAAAAGGUAAGGUAAUUCUAAACUCUAUCAUCCGACAGCCCUUAUCGGGUUUGAAGGAUUUCUUCGAUUCUGUCAAGUGUGAGUUGCGUGAGUUCGAUCUUAUUGGGCUUUUGAAAGGGUUGGAGCUUUCAGGCAAUUGGGAGAAAGCCCUUUUGUUGUUUGAAUGGUUUGUUUCGAAUUCUAGCGAUCAAAAUACUAAAUUAGACAAUGAGGCAAUAGAAAUCAUGGUUCGGGUUCUGGGUAGAGAGUCUCAGCAUGCAAUUGCAUCGAAGCUGUUCGAUGUAAUUCCUGUUGAGGAAUACUCCCUUGAUGUCAGAGCCUACACUACUAUACUGCAUGCCUAUGCUCGAACAAGCAAGUUUCAGAAGGCAAUCAUCUUGUUUGAGCGGAUGAAAGAGAAGGGCCUCCCUCUAACUUUGGUCACCUACAAUGUCAUGCUUGAUGUGUAUGGAAAGAUGGGUCGCUCUUGGAGUAAGAUUUUAGAACUCCUGGAUGAGAUGAAAAGUAAAGGACUUGAAUUUGAUGAAUUCACUUGCAGCACUGUUAUAUCCGCUUGUGGGAGAGAAGGGUUAUUGGAGCAAGCAUCAAAGUUCUUUGAUGGCCUAAAGUCCCAGGGUUAUGUCCCAGGAACUGUUACUUACAAUGCUUUGCUGCAUGUGUUUGGUAAGGCAGGGAAUUAUUCAGAGGCAUUGAGCAUUUUGAAGGAAAUGAAGCAAAACAACUGCCCUCCUGAUUCGGUGACUUACAAUGAGCUUGUGGUUGCAUAUGUAAGGGCAGGAUUGUAUGAAGAAGGAGCAGCUAUCAUAGACACAAUGGCCAGUAGGGGAGUUAUGCCGAAUGCUAUAACGUACACUACACUUAUCAAUGCCUAUGGUAAAGCCGGGAAAGAAGAUAAGGCUUUGAGUUUGUUCAAACAGAUGAAAGAAUCAGGUUGUGUUCCCAAUGUUUGCACAUAUAAUGCCAUUCUAGCAAUGCUUGGAAAGAAGUCACGAUCAGAGGAAAUGUUGGAGAUACUUUGGGAUAUGAAGUCAAAUGGGUGUGUCCUGAAUCGGGUUACGUGGAACACAAUGCUGGCCAUGUGUGGUAAUAAAGGUAUGCAGAAGUAUGUGAACCAGGUGUUUAGAGAGAUGAAGAAUUGUGGUUUUGAGCCAGACCGUGAUACAUUCAACACAUUGAUUAGUGCUUAUGGUCGGUGUGACGCAGGAAUUGAUGCAUCAAAGAUGUAUGAUGAGAUGAUCAAAUUCGGUUUUACCCCAUGUGUCACAACCUAUAAUGCACUUCUUAAUGCUUUGGCUCGGAGAGGUGACUGGAAUUCUGCAGAAUCUAUCAUCCUAGACAUGAAGAAUAAAGGAUUCAAGCCUAACGAAACCUCUUACUCAUUGAUGCUCCAUUGCUAUGCAAAGGCAGGGCAUCUCCAGGGGAUAGAGGCAAUUGAGAAAGAAAUAUAUGGUGGCCAGAUAUUUCCAAGUUGGAUGCUUUUAAGAACCCUUGUUCUUUCGAACUUCAAGUGUAGGUCACUGAUCGGUAUGGAGAAAGCAUUUGAAGAGUUUCAUAGGAAUGGGUACAAACCUGAUUUGGUUCUUUUUAACACUAUGGUUUCAAUCUAUGCCAAAAACCGGAUGUAUGACAAGGCCCACGAAAUGUUGCACUUGAUCCGUCGAAGAGGGUUCCAACCAGAUCUUGUCACCUAUAAUAACUUGAUGGACAUGCAUGCAAGAUGUGGAGAGUGUUGGAAAGCACAAGAAAUUCUCAAGGGACUGCAGAAAGCUGGUGGCAAACCAGAUCUUGUUUCAUAUAAUACGGUGAUCAAAGGAUUUUGUCGGAAAGGGCUCAUGCAGGAAGCUCUGAGAACUUUUACAGUUAUGACAAGUUGUGGAAUUCGGCCCUGUAUUGUUACUUACAAUACCUUUAUUUCAGGCUAUGCAGGACAAGGUAUGUUUGCAGAAAUAGAUGAUGUGAUCAGCUAUAUGAUACAGCACGAUUGCAGACCUAAUGAACUAACCUACAAGAUUAUAGUUGAUGGUUAUUGUAAGUCAGGCAAAUACAAAGAAGCCAUGGAGUUUGUUUCAAAAAUUAGAGACAGAGAUCAUUCCUUCGAUGAUCAGACUUUACAGAGACUUGCUGCUCGUGUUCGGGAGAACUUGGAGUCCUAAGAUAGAUUUGGCUCAACAAGAAAUGUAUUUCAUUCUUCAAGGAUUUGAAGCGCAGAUCUAUCU